AUGGAUGAGGAAUUGCAUUUUGGACUAAACUUUUAUAUUUAUUUUUUCCAGCCUGCCAGUGAGGUAGAGAUUGGAGAAGAUGGGUUUCAGCAGUAUGACGUUAUCACAGCUCUGGAUAUGGAAGCAAUGAUGAAUUCAGUUUAUGCCUGGAUGGAAAACAUAGCUGUUGGACAUCCUGAACAAACACUUCCAGAUUUAUCAGAGAACAAAGUUAACAUCCUAAUAGUGGAAGGUUUCCUCCUUUACAAUUAUAGGCCCUUAAAUGAUGUUUUUAGUCAACGUUACUAUCUCUCCAUUCCAUAUGAAGAAUGUAAGAGAAGAAGAAGUUUAAGGGUCUAUAAUCCACCUGAUCCACCUGGAAAUUUUGAUGGACACGUGUGGCCAAUGUACCUCAGAAACAGAAAAGAUAUGGAAGAGAAAGUGUCUGACAUAAUCUACUUGGAUGGAACAAAACCCCCAGAGGAGCUGUUUGUGCAAGUGUAUGAAGACAUUUUAAGGGAAGUUCAGAAACUCAAAGAUGCUGACAAAAUGACACCAUCGAAACAGGAUAUUGAGAAAUUGAAGAUUCUAACAGACAAAUUACUUUAAGUACAGAGCUACAAAUGAACUGAAGGAGAUUUGAUGAAAAUCCAGAGACUCCAUUGGAGUGUGCAUAAACCAAGCUUUGGAGUAAUCUAUACAUUAAUUAUUUUAUAUUUGAAAACCUCGUUACUCACAAUUUAAUAUCCCAUUGGUUAGCAUAAUCAUGUUGGACUGAAGGGUCUGUUUCUGUGCUGUAUGACUCCUUUUGUGUGAUUUUUAAAAUUACGUUGUUAUGUUAAAUUCUCUAUUUACCUAUAUUAAUAAUCAUAAGGGAAUCCAGUUGUAAUCAUAGGUUCUCCUAUGAUUUAGGGAUGAAAAAAAUAAAAGCUGGCUUCAUCUGGUUUGGCAAAAAACGUGUCUGGGCAAACUUGGUGCUCCUCCAGUAGAACAUCCUGUACCUAUGCAAAAGAAAAUACACAAUAAUCCAGUGCUUAUUGUGUUCACAUCCUAACAUAAAGCAGUUUUCUGAAAAUCAGGAACUUGAUUUUGGAAAGCGUGAUGGGUUAGCACAAGCCAUGAUGACUGGCACGUGUGCUCAUGAGCUUCCUGCUGCUUCACUCUUAUAGUGGUAUGAAGAGAGUCACUCAGGUGAUUUUCAGAUAAGAGAUUCAAACCAGCACUUCUCAUGGUAAAGGUCUUGCUGCUGUAAUGUAGUAAUAAUACAUCUCCCCUUCAUUGGGAUAGAACUAUCUCACUAAACUCUGUAGGUUUCUAUUCAUGUAAAUGCUGCUUAAAAUGUUGAUGGAUUUCAUUAAUAACUGUAACAUUUAGUAAACUUUGUUUCUCUGUUAGAAACAAAAUUAUACUUUUUUUUUCCUAGAAAUACCAAUAAUGUGAUUAACUUUCCAUUAAAUGUGAAAUGCAUGUUCAGUUCUUC